AUGAGUUCCCAAAAUAGCUUCGUCAAUGCUUCUGUGAGCUCCAACACUGUUAGCACAAGCAGUUCCGCCUCCGCGGUCCGAUCCCGUCCUCGCCGCCUGGUCUCCUUCAUGGAUGAUGAAACCGACGACCCCAUCGUUAAGAGCAACAACUACUCAUACAAUGACGCUCAACCGCUCGCCUCGGGCACAAUGCUGUCCACGGAGAUCGGGACGGUUCGUUCUCGCGGUGCAACCCCUUCGCCUCUGUCCUCUCGCGGCACAUCACCACUACCAAGGACACAUCCCUCCCGUGUUACCGAAGCCGCUUACCGCGGCCGUAAUGAGACUGCAUCAUUGGAGUGGAACGGGUCAGCGAAGGCCUCUUCGUCACGAGGGGCCGCCGACUUUUUGGACUCGCCCUGGUCGUCGCUCCAGAACCUGGCAUCCUCGGUAUUAGGGAGUGACACCGGACGAAAGACACCAAAUAGCGCGAACAAAACACAGACACGGAGGAAGCCAUCACGAUCAGAUGUGUAUAUUCGGAACUUCCCGAGGUCGACGCCCUCGGCGUGGGGUCCGUCCGGACCCUCUACCCCGGAAAUCGGAGCUGGGACCAAGGAGGAACGACAGGCACUAGUACAAGCUAAGAAGCGUGAGGCGCUUCUGCUCGCAGACUCCGAUCCUAUUACCAGCCGCAACUUUCAACAUAAACGACGCGAUUCGGGGGAUUAUUUCGACCAGCCGCUGGAUCCAGAACACGAUGAAGAGGCACUGGCUUAUAUCCACCAUGUGCAGGCAACGGACAGCAUCACAGGUGUGACCAUUAAAUAUGGCUGUCAAGCUGCUGUCUUCCGAAAGGCAAACGGGUUCUGGCCCAACGACAACAUCCAGAGCAGGAAGACGGUCCUCUUGCCUGUGGAAGCGUGCACGGUGAAAGGGAGGCGGAUCCAUCAGGAGCAACAGGAUCUUUUAGGCAGCGAUACCGAAGACCCGAGUAGCAGCUCUAUCGCACCCGGGACAGACACCACAGGCGAUUCGACACCAGAUUAUACAAAUCCUGACUCUUGUGAAUCACAGGCGAAUCGCAUUUGGAAGCAUGAGUAUUGGGUGCAAAUAGACGGGUUUCCCACAAGGAUAGAGAUUGGCCGCGUUCCUCGGAGAGCGCUAGGGUUCUUUCCUCGCACUCGGCGGAAAUCUGUGUCUUACACCGAUGCGGAGGCUUCUUUCAGCUCUUCUCAAAAUGUGACAAGGAGCCCAUCUCCAGCUGGUUCACUGCAACUCGCUUCAUCCCAGAGCGUCCUUCCCCGCGUUCGGACUCGCGGCAAUCAACCUAAGCCGCGAAGUGCACCGGUUCGCCUGCAGCAUCGCCGUCAACGCAGCAGCAUCAACCUAUCUGGUACCGGAGUUGGGACUCUCGACUGCACUUCGACUGCACCCGGACCUGCAAUGGACGGUUUCACCCAGUGGUUUUCAAAGCACAUCACCUACCUGGCACCCCCUGAACCUCAACAAAGCACCAGGAGAUUGUCCUUUAGCUCCGAGUCGACCGUGACAUCCAAUGUAUCCGGUCUUGAAAACAUCGGCGGCGCUCUCGAGGGCUGGGUCCGGAAAGUUGCAACACGCGCAAAGGCCGGCAUCAACGACCUCCAGCAAGGCACUCCAGUCCAACAGGCCAACAACCGAGGCCGUAACACCGGACUCUGGGGAAUGGGCGAUCUCAUCGAGAUGGACGAUGCAUGCGAAGGCCGCAGGUCACCCAACGUAUCUGAAACCCCUCAGCGACCUAAACUACAGGGCAUGUCCUCUUCCUCGGCGUUCCAAGCUGGUGCCUCCGCGUCCGCGACGAGCAGGUCUCGCGCGAAUGGUCUAGGGACGGGCUCGGGAUCGAAUGAGCGCCUGAAAGACGAUUGA